GUGUAAACAACAUGGCGGCCACCACUGUGCGUAAUUUUAGAAAUAAACAAUAAUUGGCAACUGCUAGUUACUGAGACUAAGGAUCGGGUUAUAAGUUAAUAGAGAAAAAAAAUGGCAAUUUAUAUGCCACCACUUUCACGAAAGAAAAAAGUACCAGAUCACUUUCAUCCUGAUUCUUUUCGAGUUAUAAGUCGAGAAGCCGAAGAAAAUCAUGAACAUUUUCCAAGUUCCUGUUUUCAUGGACUCGGUCGACGACCCUGGUCACAGUCAAACAUAUUACCUAACAUACUUGGAAGAGAAACUCGAGUUUUACCUCAUGUAAUGCCAGAUUAUCGAGCAAAUAAACCACAACCAAGCACGUGUAACUUUUUAACGCAUAAUGUUCGACUUCUUAACGAGCCUGUUUGCACAGUUACAACCCAGAAAACACUGUCAGAGCAACCGUAUUGGUGGUGCGCCGACAAGCCAGAAGAAUGUAAUAACAAACCAUCUUAUAGUUUAGAUACCUUAUAUAGAAAUGAUUUCCAAAAUCUAAGUGAACAACGGCUUCACCUUUCUUCCAGACAUUCAUCAAAUCCAAACAAAGAUCCAGCUUAUGGAAUAAUACCAAUCAAUCAACUUGGUGGUCGUAAACAUAAACAUCGAUUAUAUGCAGAGAAAAUGUCAUAUGAACAUGAAUAUAAUAGUCGUAAAGAUCCUAAUUAUCCUAUUCGUAGCAGACGACAGGGAAACUUUGUUUGGAAUGAAAUGAAGCCAGACAAAUUAAAGGAAUUUAUUGAUUAUCAUCAGAGUUUGAAUGAAUAUCAAGAUCCACAGAAAUCAAAUUAUCCAUCUUCAGUAUUAACACCGCUUCGCCAAAAUUCAAGUCCUGUGACUGAGGUACCUGAACUAUUACCUUCUGGUAUGCAAGGGAAACCACAACAGAUUGAAUAUGAUAUAAAUGGAGCUGAUGAUUGCACUAGACAAGUAGAAAUUAACGAUGAAAACAUAUCUAAUAAUUGUCUAACAUCACAACCACAGUUUAGUACAGAUUUACCACAAAAAGAAAAUAGCCAAAUAGAUUUGGAAACAAGUACAGAUUAAAGCACUUUAACUGUAAUCUUAUCUUUAAAUUUUUUUAAAAAGCACAUCACUCUUCCCUUUAUUAUUGUCAAUAGAAACAAACAUUUUAUGCAUGUAGUCUUUCUUAAACUGAAUCUAAUUUAAUAGGCACCGGAUCACUAUUUCUUUAUUACGUCCAUGUUUCUUUAGCUUCAAGGUAAUAUGACAUCUACCAAACCAGCGCCUGUCGGCUGUUGCUUAAAUAUGUUUUAAUUUUUUUACUUACCUCAGAUUUAUUUUUAGAUGUUUAAACUUAAUCAGAGUUUUAAUCCUGCUCAUGCUAGAUUUUAAAGAAACAUUAAACUGUUUGAUUUAGGUCAAUAUAAACUGAAUAUGUGACCUAACUUGUAAUUCAAAAAACAGAAAUCCAGUUUAUGCUUAGAAUAUCUUAUUUUAAAUAGUUUUAAUGGAAAUGUGUCCCAGGAUUAUAAUAUAUAUUUGUAAGAAUUUUAUAAAUAAUUGUUGUAAACUGCAUUAUAAAAAGUGUCUUAUUUUAUAACUUGUGGCUUAUUUAUACAUUGUUUUAUAUACAACAUUUUAUAUUCAUCUAUAUUUAUUGUUAUUACUAUUAAAUAUUGUUCUAUUUACAAGGAGUAAAAUUGAUUGUAAUGUUUUUGUUACAAACUAUGUUUGUGAAGUUUUUGUACUCUGUGAAAUGUAUGUGUAAGAUCUACUGGGUGUUUAUUUAAUCUCAUCAAAUGUAGGGGGUAUUAUAGAUAUCAUAAAAAUGGCCCUGCUUUAAGACUUUUUAACAUGGUAGAAUCAAACAUGGUUGCGUCAAGUCAGGGCCAUCUAUUUACUCUGCCUGUCUCUAACUGUGAUAUAAUUGUUAAUGAUAUUUUUGUUAUGAUUGUUGCUUGCCUAUGUUUAUUGUGGAUUUAUCAUUCUCAUGAAUAGCAUCCUCUGCAAACAAUUUCUUAUGAGCUUGUUACAGAAGAGAGUUCUCAAAAAUACUUUAUUUUUCAAAUAUCCAAGGAAUAUGGUGUUAUUCGUUCAUGUGGAAAAAAACUAUCAAAGCACACACUUGUCUCUUAAUCUAUGUUUGUGGUAAUCGUCUGGCAAACUUCUAGCUGCCUGUAUAUAUUUAUUUUGCCAAGUGUUGAUGUUAUGUAUCAAAUUCUUGGAGGUAAUUAUUUAAAUUAUUUACAGUUCAAAUGUCUCAAUUGUAUGAAGAUGUCUUAUUGUUGGACAAGGGUAAGAUCAGGCAAUAUUUUAAAAAUAUUGAUGUAAAAAUGAACUUCAGAGCAUUAGUCCGUUUUGCCAAGGGUGUUUAAAGUUACAUGUUUGUUCAAUAGACUUAUUUAAUCAAAAUGUUUUAUUUUCAUGUGAAUCAGUACCUAUUAAUCUAGAUUAACUAAGAUAUUGGAAAAUAUAUUUCGUAACAGCUGUAAACUAGAAAGAAUUGCCCAUUGUUAUAUUAUAAUCAUACUUAAUUUUUGUAAAGGCAAAGCACCUGACAAUAUUCCUCAGUUGUGCGGGGAAGUCAACAUAUUAGGUAAAGUGUGUUUAUCUGGAAGGGUUUAUAAUGUAUUGUCUGUGAUAUAUAGGUCUGAUGGUCAUAUUUAUAUACUGUGAUAUAUACUGGUUCUGCUUAUACUAAUCUUUUGACAUGUAAAAAAAAAAGAAAUAUACACAUUAUUAACCUU